UCAGCAUAUUUUGAAUGAAAAAGGAAGUGCAGUAGUUACGACAACCAAAGUUAGAACAGCUCAGAUACAGGAAGAGAAACUUACACAAUGGCCGCACAACCAAAGACAAAAAUACUCUACAUUUCAUUAGGUUUUUGGCUUAUUAUAGGUGUUGAAUGCUACGAUGCUUGGACAAACCAUAUAUUAAAUGUUCAGACUGGAGGAUCUGUCACCAUCCCAUGUCAUUAUGACAAGAAAUACACACAGCAGAAGAAAUGCUGGUCCUCAGAUAUUGGUCAAACAUACACAAACACAACAGAGCAGAAUCUGUCAGUAAUUGAUCAUCCUGAUCAGAGUCUCUUUACUGUGACUAUGAGAAACCUGCAGGAUGAAGACACUGGAGAUUAUCGUUGUAUUGUGGACAUUGAAGGAAUAAUGAGCAGCACAUAUGAGGUUUAUAUCAAGGUUCAAUCUGCUCCUAAUGUGUCUGUGGUGAACAGCAGUGUCUCUGGACAUGAAGGUGGUGAUAUCAGUGUUCAGUGUCUCUACAGUUCUGGAGAUCAGAAUAAAGUCAAACGUUGGUGCAGAUAUAAAGAUCAGAGAUGUUACACAGUGGGGAGGACUGACACAUCCCAGAAUUCAUCAGUGCAGAUCAGAGAUGAUGAUGGGAGAAGAUCCUUCACUGUGCUGAUGACUGGAUUGAGACGGACUGAUUCUGGCUGGUACUGCUGCUCUGCUGGAGGUGUAAUUAAUCCUGUUCAGCUUACUGUAACGGAGGCAGAACCAGAGAAAGAGAAAGACACAGAUAAUGACCUCCUGACUGUGUGGCUUCGAGUUUCAGCUGCGCUUCUGCUCUUACUGAUUCUGAUCAGUGUUUUCAUCUGGAGACUGAGACGGAGACCCAAGCAGGAUGAACACCAAACCAGAGAGAGAAAAAGCAGCACAACCACUGACCCAGAUCCCGUUAAUGACAUAAUCUACUACAGCACUAUUGAUCAUGAUCCUGGGAGUGAAGCGAUGAAGUCUCCAGCAGGUGGAGCAAUAAACAGCAUAAUAUACAGCACUGUGGCUCCACACUGACAGCAACAGCGAGAACAACACAAGAACAAAGACCAAGAGAAACAAUCAACAGCAGCAGAAUGGCAUCACAACUUUGUUUUUUGUAUUAUAUUAUUGCCAUUUAAUUUGGUUACUGUAAAAAAUCUCUUUAAGUUUACUUGUACAGUGCUCUGUUGUUUGCAUUAAUACAAACAAGGUCCGCGUACAUUUUGAUCAUUUCAUUUCCCAUUUAGAAUUCAGUAACGAGUAAUGGAAACAUGGCUCGUAGCUGUUUAUUAGCAUAAUAUUUGAAUCAGAUGUUGCUGGACUCAUAAUUUGUGCUGCUGCGAAUUGCAAGUGACCCCUUUAAAUUAUUUCUAGGUUAUAGUAUUGUAUGAAUAUUGUCCCACUGAUAAAUACAGUGCAAAUAGU